GGCAUAUCUCCUGGGGUCCAGAGAACCAAUGCUUAAUUAAUCAUGUCUUUCAUCUCUGCUUGUAUAAAAUUAUUGGCCCUUUCUUUCAAAUAUCUGUCAAUAAAAGGUCAUUUUCUUAAUUCAAAAUCACUGGUUUAGUCUGUCUUAGGAUUCUAUUCCCUAAAUUUUCUCUAUUUUUCUCCCAAUCCGGAAAGAAAGUUCAAAUCAUUGAAGAAUAUUUAGGAAAAGAGGGAUCUUAGCAUCAUAUGCAUUUGCCAAACCAUACCUCUAUGUUCAAGAAAAUAGUGCUUCAAAUGCAUGAAUUUGACAGUUGAAAACUUUUGAAAGCCAUACCUCUACACUCAAGAAGGUUUAUCCAAUUCUUUUCUUGACAAUUUGUGCUCUCUUGUGGAUCCCAUUUAAGGAAACCGUCAAAAGCUCACAACAGUUCAAAAAGGAAACUUUUGGGCCCCAAUAGUAUGAUCCUCCAACUAUAUAAACCUCCAUAAGCCAUUCAUCAAAAUUACCAGCUCCAGCAAACCAUUUCUGAGCCUCAAGUUUACAUCUAGUCGAGAAGCUCAGUUCUUCAAAUCCUCCACUUUCUUCGAUUUAUCAGGCAGAAAAUGAGCAGGGAAGGAGAUUGGAUGUGUGCUGCAUGUCAGCACCUAAAUUUCAAGAAACGGGAUGCAUGCCAACGGUGUAGCUGCCCUAAAUAUGCAACACCGGCUGAUGUUGCCAUGUACGGACUAAACAAAACAGAAGUCAUGGCCGGAGACUGGUAUUGCAGUGCCAUGAACUGUGGUUCUCACAACUAUGCAAGCAGAACAAGCUGCUAUCGAUGCGGUGCCUCAAAAAGUGAUUAUUAUGGUAUUGGGGCAGGUUAUGGAUAUGAUGCAAGUGCUCUCCCUGGUGGGAAGAGUGGUGAUUGGAUUUGCAACAGAAUAGGAUGUGGUGUGCACAACUAUGCCAGUAGACCAGAAUGCUAUAAAUGCAAGACCCCUAGGGAUUUUGGUGAGCCAUCUUCUAUGUGAUUCUGGAAGAGAAAGUGAGUUGUAUUGAGGGAUGCGGCGAUACUAAGUUUUUAUUUAAGAUUUAACCUUCAAAGACCCUUUUCUUCUUUUUUCUGUUCUCACAUGCUUGUAGUUUUUUUUUAGAUUAGUUUCUCAAAGAAGGGUUUAUGUUCUAACUGCAUUGUAACUGUGCAAGUGUUCUAAUGAAUGAAAUCCCUUGACAUUUUGCAUUC